AUGCCGUUGGCGAUCGGGGGUUUGGUUGCAGGCGGCCCUCCAGAUGCAGACGGCGAUGAUCACAUUGCCGUGCCGCCGCCUCUGGCGCUUCCAGCGCCAGCGCCCCCUGCCCGCCUCGAUCUCAAGAGAAGGACGCCCGAGCUCAUGAGCCACGCUCGUUCCAAGAAGAUGUUGUUGUGCGCCCAGAGCCGCGAGUCGAAGCUCCGCCAAGACUUUGAACAGCUCAAAGGGGACAUGCACACGGCUUGUACGUUGAUCCCUGCAUGCGCCCAAUUGUUCGGGCGGCCCGUGAAACACGUCGGCAGGAUCAAAAAGGACGACCUCCGACCAGCACAUUUCAUUUUCUUGAGCAGGAUUGUCUUUGCCAGACGCCUGGGCACGCUGAACAUUGGCAUCGACAUUCGGCGGUUGGUGUGCGCCGCAGCCCGCGUGAUCAAGGCCAGACAGGAUGAUGGCGUGGAGCACGUCCUCCGCGGCGGUGAGAAGGCUUUGCAGCACCCAGGUGCCAGCAAUCGGUUCGUCCACAUGUCAUAUGCUCAUUUGUGGGACGAGGUCAACUGCAAGUUCGCAGCAUAUCCGAAGAUGGGGUGCCGCCGCAGGAAGACAACCACGAGCAUUCAGACUAUCUGCCAGCGAGGUUACGCCAGGCUGACCUUGGCCAACCACAUGAACGACAAGAGCGCGAUCAGCCGAUCGUUCUGCGAGCAGAUCCUUGUCAACCCGAUGAAGGUGAGCGGCACUUCAGCCAAUGCGAUCCUGCCCGCUGUGUUGAAGGCAAUCCCGCGGCCAUUCCAGUUCAACGCCGUGGAGAAUAUUGAUCGGUUGUUGCGUUCGUUCUCGUCCUUCACGAUGUCUCUGACUGGUGACAAGGCGUCUGGGAACAUCCUCUUGAUGAAACAAUUCUGUCACCAAUGGGAAACGAUGGUGCUUCCGCGCAGCAGUGGUCGGCUUCUUGUGUUCCCAGAGACGUGUGGCGUGCACUUAGAACAUCGCACAAAAUUGCAAGUUGUACCGCUCAAGCACCACACAAUGCGCCUCUUCAGCUUAGCCAACUUGCUUCGCCUUGACGGUGUGCGGACCAGCAUAUGCGAGUCGAUCGAAGUGCUGGUGCAGAAGAUGCUCAAGCGACGGGUCCUCGGCCCGCCGCCAGACGGCAUUGCCUGCCCGCUGUCCAAGUGCAUCAAUGUUCUCUUCCGCCCAGAUGCGGACCACCACAAGCGCGCCAACGGCAAGGUGUCUCGCAGGGUACAGGACCUGGGUGAAUUGAUGAGAAUGGUCAACGGGGAUCUCCACGGAGAUUGGGUGCAUUAUUGCUGGGACGAGUCAACUGGCAGGCCGUGUUGCAGGGACGCCGACACUUGCUACGACAGAACAGUUCGUUCGGUCACGAAUGCGCUGUAUGGCGGCGGGGACCCUAUUCCAGCAGAAAGCAGAUGGACGCACACCUUGGUCAAUAUGAAACAAUUGCUGCUGAGGCGAAUCGUGUACAAUAUCGGCGUGAAGGCGUUCCCGUGUUCGAUCAGAAAACCUGGCGCCGCCAGCGAGAUGCCGCAAUCCGCCGACGGCGAGGCAUGUCAAUCGCACGUCGCGGAGGUGAAUGCGUCGCGGCUGUCACGUGUGGGCGUGUAUUUUGAUGACCCCAAGACUUUUCCAGAGCUGGCCUUGCUCACGGUUUCCGUGGACAUCAUCGACAGGUGGGAUCUUCGGUACUCGAGCUGGCCGUACCCGCUCUUCACGCUUUGCAGCGCCCACUCAUCGGAAGAGCAGCGCAGGGAUGUUGCGCGGCGACUGCUCGAUGCAUCGCGCGAGGAGCUCGGCGUGUACGCGUGCGGCGUGAAGCACCGCUUCAACACCGUGCCUCUGCUGAUGAGUGAGGCGUGCAGGAAAACAUUGCUGGCUGAUUUUCGCACGUUCGGAUUCUCCACCGACAUCAUCGAGAGGCUCAACGCGGAGAUUCAGGCUGGUCGAGUGCAUCGUGCGCCAGGUCGCGUCUUCGGUGGGGCGUCCAGGGAGCAGCUGCUGCAGCAGGCACUCGCCGUGCACAAGAAAUGA